CACAGAGCAGGGCUCUCGCCAGUGCAUGGGCAAGGAGCCUCCUUCUGCUGAGACCUCGGACGUGGGGCCAGAGAGGCGACGGCAACUUCCCCUGCAUCGCGAGGCACCCCGCAGAGUCGGUCAUGGGAAAGCACAACAGCAAGCUGGCCCCUGAGGUGCUGGAGGACCUGGUGAGGUGCACGGAGUUCAGCGAGCAGGAGCUCAAGCAGUGGUACAAGGGCUUCCUCAAGGACUGUCCCAGUGGCAUCCUCAACCUGGAGGAGUUCCAGCAGCUCUACAUCAAGUUUUUCCCUUAUGGAGAUGCCUCCAAGUUUGCCCAGCAUGCCUUCCGCACUUUUGACAAGAAUGGCGACGGGACAAUUGAUUUCCGGGAGUUCAUCUGUGCCCUGUCUGUCACCUCCCGGGGAAGCUUUGAGCAGAAACUCAACUGGGCCUUCGAGAUGUACGACCUUGACGGAGACGGGAAGAUAACCCGCUUGGAGAUGCUGGAGAUCAUUGAGGCCAUUUACAAGAUGGUGGGAACCGUUAUCAUGAUGCGGAUGAACCAAGACGGGCUGACACCCCAGCAGCGCGUCGACAAGAUCUUCAAGAAGAUGGACAAGGACAAGGACGACCAGAUCACCUUGGAGGAGUUCAAGGAGGCGGCCAAGAGCGACCCCUCCAUCGUCCUCCUCCUGCAGUGCGACGUGCAGAAGUAGAGCCCCUGGGGGCCUACCUGGACUGCCCACGACAUCCCCAUCGCCAUCCCCCCACAGCCAUGUCCCUCCCACCCUGCGCCCCAGAGCCGCGCGCUCGCCUCCCCGAGGCACAGUUCUUCCUACCUGCAGCCUUCCGCGCUCCGCGCCCCUCGCAGACUGCCCGCGACACAUGCCAAGUCAUAGCCCUUCGAACGCCCUCUCCUUUGGAAACUCCCCGCCGCGGAUCUUCUGUCCCUCGACCCUACUGGCACAUCCUGCAGCCCAGCUACUCUUUCGCCCCUCGGGUUUCCCCCAUACCGGCUUGGGUCUCCUACAGACACAAACCUUCCCACCUCAGAGCCUGAAACUGGACUGUCCGAGGCAGCGUUGACCCCGAAUGGACGACCUCGGGCUUUCCAGCUCCCUGCGACUGAAGGCAAAGACCCCCCCUUCCCUCUUUCCCCAGCUGUUGUCUUGUUCCAUGCGUUUUCAGCCCCAGCUGCCUGCUGCUGUCUGGUGCUGUUGGAUGCUAAGUUUUUAUAAAGCAGCAAAUUGCCCCUUCCUUAAUGCUGACUAUUCGUGAUGCCCCAAAAGAGUCUGGAGCUCCCCCUAAUGCGAGUCCCAGCCUUCUUCCCACCCAGUAUUCAGCCCUUUCCUGGGACCCAAACUGACUUAGCAGCUGUUCUGCUGGGGCUUGGCCCUGGCUGAGCCCAGCCACUGCUUACACUGAUAAGAGGGCUGCUGUUUUAGUGUCCCCUCUUCCAUUUUUAGCUUUUCAGCCUCUCCUUUCCCUGCCACGAGCAGCCGGGGUGGGUGUCGGGCUCCCAGAGAUGAGGGAGCUCGAGGUAUGUGUGGAGAGGUUAGGAAA